UACAUAUGGCAUUAUUUGUACAAAGACCUCUUGUUACUAGGCAGAUACUUAUAUAGAUAUCAAACAAUCUGCGUGUCAUCUCAUUAAGUGGCCACAAGUUUUAAAUGUAAUGAAUGGUUGACGUAAUAUUUUUAAUCAUGACACACUCGCCUUGCACUCGGCUCGGCUCCGACCGCGACUAGACCGUGCGCUUGUUCCACACCGCCUUGAAUUUGUAAUGGUUUAAAAGUCAUACAAUCGUCUACACGCUUUAGUAUCGAUUACGACACAUCUGUAAUAACUCGCCACAACAUGGCUCAGCCUAGUGAAGUGAAGACCGAAAUCUAUUCGUCGGCUUUAGAGCUCAUCGGCAACACACCACUCCUCGCUCUCGACAGACUGUGGCCCGGACCGGGACGUAUCCUUGCAAAAUGUGAGUUCAUGAACCCGGGAGCGUCGAUCAAAGACCGCUCCUCACUUUACAUGAUACAGAACGCUCGUGAAAGUGGACAACUGCAACCGGGCGGCUCCGUUUUGGAAGUCACGUCAGGAAACCAGGGAUGCGGUCUCGCUGUCGUGUGCGCUGUGCUCGGCCACCCCAUAACUCUGACCAUGUCGAAAGGCAACAGUGUACAACGAGCCAUACACAUGGAAGCGCUCGGCGCUAAGUGUGUCAGAGUGCCUCAAGUUGAGGGCACGUACGGAAACGUGACAUUAGCGGACGUCCAGCAAGCGGAAAAGAAGGGCUUGGAAAUAGCCGAGGAGACAGGCGCGUUUUACGUGAACCAGUUCAACAAUGGAAUGAAUUCAGCGUCACAUUAUCACGGCACUGGCCCAGAGAUUUGGAGACAAACCGGACAGCGAGUAGAUGCAUUCGUUGCUACUGUCGGCACAGCUGGUACGUUUGCGGGAACAUCUAAAUUCUUAAAAGAGAAGAAUCCUGAUACGUUGUGCUAUGUUGUUGAGCCGAGUGGUUCUGAGCCAAUCAAGGGUGAGCCGAUAACGAAGCCGUUGCAUUUGCUGCAAGGUUCGGGUUACGGGUGCGUGCCUAACUUAUUCGAGUUCGAUCAUAUGGAUGGGACACUGAGCGUAACUGAUGAGGAAUCAUUACAAUACAAAAAGCUGAUUGGUGAGAAGGAAGGCCUAUACGUGGGUUACACCAGUGGAGCCAACGUAGCAGCUGCUGUAAAGCUGCUAGAGUCUGGGAAGCUGCCUAAGGAUGCGUGGGUCGUGACCAUCCUCAAUGAUACUGGUUUGAAAUACACACCGGUUCCCGAGGAGCUCACGUAAAUUAAAAAAAAAAGUAAAAUAUAAUAGGUAAUACUCUUUGUAUACAACCCAGAAAUUAAAUGUGUUUUGUUUUCUAUUACAAUAAUUAACAAUAAUAAUUAAUUAAUUAUUUAAUGCUCGAAGAUUAUAUAGUAGUUAUUUUAUUUUUUUACAUAUACCUAAGAUUUUUAAGUAGCACAAUUUAUUACAAAUAUAAUUAAAAAAUAUAUCGUUACUUUUUAUACCUCCCUAUGUAAGAUGUACAGAAGCAAAUUAUUUUUAUAAACUAGUUAUUUGUUAACUCUCUUGAUGUAAUGACUUAGGUAUUAUUAAAUAUUUUAUUCUUUAUUAUCAACA